AUGUUUAGCUUUGACUCGCAAAGGAUUGUGGGAUCUUUAGUUCCGAGAGGAGGACGGUGCAGCGAGGACAACAAAACCAGACUUUUUCCUACGAAAUCUCACGUUCGUAACUCACUUGGAUUGGCAGUAAAUAUGCCCGGGUUCACGUGCUGCGUGCCUGGCUGCUACAACAACUCUCAUCGGGACCGUGAGCUGCGCUUCUACACAUUUCCCAAAGACGCAGCGCUCAGAGAACAGUGGCUCAGGAACAUCUCCAGGGCUGGGGUCAGCGGCUGCUUCAGUACUUUUCAGCCCACUACAGGACACCGGGUGUGCAGUGUACACUUCGCAGGCGGGAGGAAAACCUACACCAUACGAGUCCCGUCUCUAUUCCCCUUAAGAGGGGUAAAUGAGCGUAGGAGCAGGCGGGGAAGAGGGAAAAAGGUUUCUGCCUCUGCACCAGCUCCUGUGCCCUCUCCUGCCCCAGCAGCCACCUCAGGGAUUGUUGUUAGUAAUUUGUCUGUACCUGAAGGAACAGAGGGAACUGGCGGUGGUGAAGCUAGCACCAAUGAGAUCACUGUUGUCCAGAUUGGUCAAAACGGAGAGUAUUUGGGCACAGCAAGACUCCCCGCUCAAACUGAGGGGAAUUGUUACACUGCACCCAUUGAACAUGAAACAACAAUUGAUGAAUCAAAGACUGAGUUAAGAGCAGUCAUCGUCCAGCCCACAGUACAGUAUGUGAGUGUGACUAGCAGCCCUCUGGACCACUCGUAUUCACUGACCACUGGGACAACCUCCUCAGAACUGCUGCGAAAAUUGAAUGAUCAGCGGGACAUCAUUGCACUGAUGGAGGUCAAGAUGAAGGAGAUGAAAGCGACAAUCCGGCAGCUACGGGUGACUGAAGCAAAGUUGCAAGAGGAGGUCCGGGAAAGGGACAGGAUCCUCUUUAGCCUUGGACACCCCGCACUUGUAAACAGUCCUAAUUCUCAAAAGAAGGUUGUGAGACCAACUCAAUGA